GAUUUUUGCUUUGGCACCAACGCUGCACCAUGACGGCCGCGCUGCUCGCCGACCCCGAAGCGCUCUCCAACUACCUCAAGACCAAGAUCCGCACAAUCCCAGACUUUCCCAAGCCGGGCUCAGACUUCUGGGACGUGACGACGCUCGUACUCGACCCCGAAGCCUUCCAAAUCACGAUCGACGCCUUUCUCCAGCGCUACAAGGACAAGGGUAUCACGCACGUUGUAAGCUGCGAGUCGCGCGGCUUUAUCUUUGGCGCGCCGCUCGCGCUCGCGUUGAAGUGCGCCUUCGUGCCGGUUCGCCGCGCGCGCAAGCUCCCAGGCCACGUCAUUGGCAUCGACUACACGUCGGGCUUUUACCAUGGUCGCUUUGAAGUGCACGACGACGCGAUCCCCAAGGGCAGCCGCGUCAUCCUCAUCGAUGAUCUUGUCGCGACGGGCAACACGCUGCUCGUCACGUGCCAGCUCAUGCAACAGCUCGGCGCCGAGGUCGUCGAGUGUGGCUGCGUCGUGUCCUCGUCCAAAGUCCACAAGCAAGACGCGGGACAUGUCAAUGCGAUCGUGCUGCACCAGCCCGAGCACAAGAUCAACGCCACCGGGCCGACGGUCUUUAGCUUGACGUCGUACACGGUGGAAGACCAUAGCUAAACGCAGAGCACGCGACCAGCUUUUUAAACCCACUAAACGUAGUACUUGGACUGCCGUCCUUGAACGCACCAAUACUCGACUCGUUUGUCUCGUC